UAAUUUUAAGUAUUUUUGGUGGACAAAAUCGUACAUGCGUACGACGCACUGUCAUGAAACAUGUCUGUUGUUAAUCCAGUUGCAAAAAUAUUAAGUGGGUGGAGUCUCCUUUACAUUUUUAUCAACCGCAGAACUGAGGCGCCGGCAGUUGCUAACAACAGCGUAGCCGACAUGAACGGCCUUAUCGUUCUCGCGUCUUUAGUAUUUGUAAUAUUUUCUUUAAUAUAUUAUCUGUCGAGAAAAAAACUCGGCUACUGGAAGAAAAAGAAUGUACCGCACGCCGAUCCGUUGCCUAUAUUGGGCAACUAUGGAAACUAUAUUUUGCAAAAAGAAUACCCCGGGCAAAUGAUCCAGAAAUUGUGUCUGAAGUUUAAAAAUGAACCCUACUUUGGAGCUUACUACGGAACGGAGCCUGUCCUAAUAGUGAAAGACCCUGAGAUCAUCAAGCAUGUGUUAACAAAGGACUUCUACUACGCCAACGGCAGGGAAUCGUCCAAUUAUUCCAAUGGAGAGAUCAUCACCCAGAAUUUGUUCUUCAGCGCUGGUGACAACUGGAAAGUAGUCCGACAAAAUCUGACUCCUCUCUUCUCUUCUUUAAAGAUGAAGAACAUGUUUUAUUUAAUUGAAAAGUGUACCAUCGGUUUUGAAGAUAUGUUGGACGACGAAAUUAAGAUGUCUAAUGUCGUUGAAGUGAGAAAGACAGCUUCAAAGUACACCAUGGACUGUAUAUGUUCCUGUGCCUUCGGAGUAGAGUCCAACACAAUGACACAAAAAGAAAACAACCCCUUCCAACUAAUGGCUGACGAAAUAUUCGAGUCAUCAAGAUAUCGGGGCUUCAAAAUUAUUUUUAGAGCUGUGUGGCCUUCAAUAUUCUACCGCAUUGGACUCAAAAUAUUCCCUUCAACCAUUGACAGAUUCUUCUUCAAGUUACUAACUGGUGUUUUUGAAAGUCGAGAUUACAAGCCAUCACCAAGAAAUGAUUUUGUGGACCUGCUCCUAAAUCUGAAGAAAGAAGAUCACAUAACUGGAGACAGUAUAAGCAACGUAAAGACAGGGAAUGAGAAAAAGGUGCAACUGAAAGUGGAUGAUGAGCUGCUGGUUGCGCAGUGCAUUCUGUUCUUCUCAGCUGGUUUCGAGACGUCGGCGACGACCAUGAGCUUUACUCUGUAUGAGCUGGCGAAACACCCAGAGGUGCAGAAAAAAGCUGCCGAGGAAGUCGACGAGUUCAUGCGUCGACACAAGAAUAAGCUGGUGUACGAUUGUGUGACGGAGCUGCCUUACUUAGAGGCCUGUAUGUACGAGACCCUACGGAAGUACCCAGUGCUAGGGAACUUAACCCGUGAGGUGAUGGACGACUACGUCCUUCCUACAGGCUUAAAGCUGGACGUAGGUGUCCGUAUCCAUGUCCCAGUGUAUCACAUGCACAAUAAUCCCGAAUUCUUCCCUGAACCUCACAAGUACAAGCCGGAGCGAUUCUUGCCCGAAAACAAGGAGCAAGUCAACCCUAACACGUUCUUCCCAUUUGGAUCUGGACCUAGACUAUGUAUAGGAAUGCGUUUCGCAAAGAUGCAAGUGAUGUCUGGCCUCAUCACGUUCCUGAAGAAAUAUAAAGUGGAAUUGGCUGAAGGUAUGGAAGAGGAACUUGUAUUCGACCCUAAGACCUUUUUGACGCAACCUUUGACUAAUUGCAUCGCUUUAAAAAUGACUGAACGCGAAGGAUGGGAACAAAGAAGAUUUGUACGAACGUGAUUGGUUCGUUUAACUACAGCAAGAUAGGCAAGGCCACACUACGGUCACAGCGCAGCCAUUUUCAACCGUAUUAGUUUAUGAAACAUGGCAAAUAAAUAAGUUUUUGGCUUGCGAUUUUUGGGACUGAUUUUAAACCACGAAACGUUAAUAUUUGAAUAAUAUUGUAAUUCGUUAACUUGGUGUAGUAGUCGAGAACUCAGG